AGCGGAGAUCCACAGGCAGCACUAUGCUUGUGACCGUAUAUUAACGGUGCUCCGUGCCGUGCUGUAUUCUUAGACACCCGUGUCUCGUCAUCUUGGCCCGUCGACGCUCCCGAACGCUGCAUCUCUCUCCCAGCAGACACGCCCGCCCGCCCAUCGACGCCGUCGCCGCCGCCGCCGCCGCCGCCGCGUGUAUCGCUGACACAACGUCAAAGCGGUCAAAGCGGAGGGAGGAUGAGAUGAAGUAGAGACAGGGAUGACUGGGGCACACGCACACGCACACGCACUCGCACUCGACAAAUGACGACAAACAGUAGUAGUGCUGCUCAUAGUCCCACCCGUGCCACCCCCAGAAGAAUACAAACAUCCCGACGCCGGUAGCGAGACACCGUUCCCUAUUCACUGCAGUACAUCCACUAUCCACACCAUUCGGCAGCGCCUUCCGUUCGCCUUGGUGCUGGCUGUAUGAUAUCGUUGCACCACCAUGCCUGCCUCAAGCAUGCGCUCCGCCCUCGUUGCUGCGGCACAGCGGAGUCGCGGCGCGCGUGCGAGAACUGGAGCUUCCUCGCUAUCGACUGUCCCGCCUGCGGAGACCGACGAGGACUAUCUACCCGACCUGGCUGCGACUGCCGCCUCUAUCCUCUACCGCUCACCUCUGCCUUCAAAGCAUGCCAGACCAAUAUACAUCCUCAACGCCGCCGCUUUCCCCGAUGCCUUCGAAGUCGACUACGACACGCUGUUGUCCUACGUCCUAGCACGCCUGCCGGGCGAAGAUGAACUCAUAUCCGGCACUGAGUACGAAGUCAUCUUCUUUGCAGGAGGCACGCCCGACAAUGCCACGACAGAGAAGAAGCAAGGGCCAGCAACGGGCUGGUAUCUGCAGGCCUACCAUGUGCUGAGCAGAGCGCUGAGGAAGAAGUUGCAAAUGCUGUAUAUCGUACACCCGAGGACAUGGGUCAGGGUGUUGAUCAAUGUGUUUGGAACCAUAGUCUCGCCCAAAUUCAGGCGCAAGAUCGUUCAUGUCAACUCCUUGUCGGCUUUGGCACUACACAUUCCUAUCGAGCAGUUGUUAAUACCGCCGUCGGCAUAUCUUCAAGACCGAAAAGCCUCCCCCGAGAUCUAUGCCCCAUUUGUGACAGGCAAGAGGGCGUUUGGCGUCCAGCAUGCCUUGCCGAAAAGCAUCAUCACUGGAACGACAAGGCUGCCGAGAGUGUUGAGGGAGGCUACUGCCUUCCUGCUGUAUCCAGACAAUAUCGCAUCCGAGGGCGUCUUCAGAAUCCCUCCGCACUCUACGCUAUCUGGAGUCCUAAAAGAAGCCUACGACCGAGGUCAGAUGUGGAUUGUCUGGAAAGAGCGAGGCGGCACUCUUGUUAUGCCUGGCAUGGACGAACAGCUUGUGCAUGAGAUUCGGCUGGAGGACGCUUAUGGAGUGCAUCUUGCGGCGUCUCUGAUCAAGACCUGGUACAGAGAGCUUCGAGAACCCAUCUUCCCAGAGUCCAGCUAUGCCGAGCUCCGCGCACGCUACAGCCAUCCUGACUCACAAGUCUCGCCUGAAGAUUUGGUCGACUUCCUCCUUCCUGGCUCUUCUGCGUCGCCAUUGACGCCAGUCUCGCGGGAGAUACUUUCUCGGCAUCUAUUGCCACUGCUAUCCCUUGUCGCAUCGCACGAGCCCGACAACAAGAUGAGCGCUGAAAAUCUAGCAAUCUGCUUUUCGAUGUGCCUGGUUUGCGGCUCUAACCAGCUAGAAGAUGCAAAAGCCGCAAGCAUAGUCAAGCGAAUACUGAGAGCUGCUAUUGAGAUGUGGGCGCAAUUGAGGACGGGCAUGGAAAUUGAAGAGAGCGCAUUCUUUGCGGAUCUACGAGCACCUAGUGCUCUCAGCGAAUAUGAAGAUCCGCUUGAGGAUCUAAGGCCUCGCUCUACCUUGAUCGAAGUGGGUGACGAUAAGGACGGAGAGAUUGGACAUCGAAUUCGUAUGAAUGAGUCCGACAGCUCACCGGGAGAGUCUCCAAAUGAGAAGCCAGCGCUCCCACCGAGACGAAGAUCAAGAGCGACGUCGCUAAAAAAUGCGCUGAAUGCUGCGAUCCCCAACAUUGACCUGCCCAGUCUGCCUAGGCGCAAGCCUGCACCUCAAUAUCCCGAGACACCUUCACCAUAUUCUGAUCACGAGGGUACGAUAAUAUCAGAGACAGCGAUUGUGGGAGAGCCUCCAAGGUACUCAACUCUGUUUGGCGCGCCAAGCAGGUCAUUACAUGGGACUGACUCGCCUCCUAGCUAUGUGCCUUCGCCAGCCGAUGGCCUUGGCCCGCCCAGAGAAGAGGCUUAUAGUUUCGAUUCUCAAGAUGAGAACAAAUUUGAUGUGUCACGCCCCCCGCCGAACGCUAUCAUCACUGGCUUGCCGAAGCGGAAGCCCGUCAGUAGAAAUAAUUCAGUGAAAGCGAACACAAGCGACCCAGCUACAUCCAGAUCAGCUUCAGGAGACACAUCACGACAGCAAUCAGAUCCGACUGCACUACUUGCAAGAAUGGCGGCACAGCAGGCUGCGAAUAAUUUGGCCCAGAAGAAUGUCAUUGACACAUCAACCAUACCUGCGAUAUUGCGACCUGGUGUGCCGAACUCAGCUCCAGCAGAUUUCGCUGUCAAGACUCCAGAGGAUCCAGUCUUCCGCAAACCUUCUUGGCCGGCCUCAGCAGCCAGAUCACAAGGUCCAAACAUCCAGUCACUUGCAAAGCCUGUCCUCCCAGUGCGAAAAUCGAAUACUAUCGUCCCUAUCAUAACUGGUCUGGACGGCACGCAUACAGAUUCUGGCGUGGUGAGAAAGCCGAGAGCACCGAGUGCCGGCUUACUGAAGAGAAUGGCGAGCAUGGAAAGUCAAGAGGUUGAGAAGAGUAGCAGCAGCAGCAGUACUGGGAAUGAAAGGCUGGGUGUCGCUCCACGACCUUUGAAUCUCAGGAAAGGUAGCGUUGAUGAUUUGAAGAGGCUUUAUGAAGAAAGGGCGAGUACAGCUGAGGCUUUGGCUGUGAUUGGGGGUGUGAGGAGGGCAAGCAGUAAUCAUUGA